CUAAUCAAUUUAUUAGUUCACGCUUUCUUCACGAUUUUAGUGUUGUUUACUUAUUUUUAUACAAUUUAUAAGUAACGUUUGUGAAUAUUUUUGUAAAGUUUUAUCAAGUCCUUAGAAGUCAGUUACUUGUAAUUCAGCAAUGGCACAAGAGCCUCCUCAAAAUCUCACCAAAAUCACAUGGGUUCAUGCAGUUAACGACCAAGCUUAUCUAGAUUCGGUCUUGCAAGAUGAUAAUGCAGUCGAUAUGAUAGAAGCGGACGUGGUUUUUGGUCACUUGAUAAAUCAAACCGAACAAAUACCGGUCAUGGGACACCCCCCUAACACCGUAUCAGAUUUAUCACUGGAAAGUUUUCUAUCGCAAGUGGAUGCAUUUAAUAAAAAAGAAAAUGUGACCGUCAAAGGUGUAAAGCUGGACUUUAAAAGCAUACAAGCGUUCAAAAGUGCGGUGGAAAACGUCCAGAAAUACGAUAACGUGACUUAUCCUUUGUGGAUAAACGCUGAUAUAGUAAGUGGUCCAGUUCUCUCGCUCACAAUACCGGUAGACGCCGACCAGUUUUUGCAAGCCUCCAACACCUUCCCGACUAAAACGGUGUUAUCAAUCGGCUGGACGACGAACUACGGAACCGGCGGCAUCCCACCUAACAUGACGUACGCCGCAUACGACGAACACCAAAUGAACAAAAUGCUAGAGAAAAUCAUCACCAAUAACGUGACGCAUGAAAUAACGUUUCCGGUACGAGCCGGAAUUGUCGCCAACAGUCAGAAGCUGAUCCAGGAACUGAUGGACGUCGUUCCGAAAUCAACGUUGACUAUUUGGUCGAGCGCCGGCGAUUAUGUGGAUGUGGAGAAGCUGAGACAAUUAAUUGCUGACGUGGGAGUAGAUAAGAUUUACGUCGAUGUACCUGAGGAGCUUUUGGAGAAGCUUCAUCUUGGAGACCUUCCCUAGUUACGUAUUUAAUUCAAGAGAAAUUUGUUUUGUUGAUGAUGAAAAUUGUUUUUUGUUGUUACAAAAAUAAACUUAUCAAAAUGA